AUGACCAACGCGCACCGCACCAAUGUUUUAGUCACGUCCUGUCUGAAAAACCCCGUGGACCCGCGAACCAAGACCCCCCUGGCUUCCUACGAGCGGGAGAGAGGCCAGACCGGGGUCCAGCACCGAGCCGCCUGGAGGGACCACGAACCAGAGUUGGAGUUCGAAGACUGUGGCUCGGACUUCUUCGACGAGGAUUACCUGACGAGCCGCGGUCCCGUGGUGAACCUCACGGCGUCAGGAGACCGCAUCGACCUCAGCAAAAUCUUCUUCUCCAACGAGGAGUACUACACCAAACUGGAGGAGCUGAAGAAGGCCCAUCUCCGCACCAUGGCCGAGCUGGAGAGCAUGUACCGCCGCAAGCUCCAGCUCAAGUCCACAGAGGCUGACGGAGAGGCCGCCGAGGCUGCACAGCGGAUCCACUGGUCCUGCUGCAGUCCUCCAGGCUCUCACCGCUUGAGGAAGUCCCUGUCGGCGGUGGAGCUGCGGGGCGCUCUCUCCGACUCGUCAGACGAAGAGGGAGACACAGGUUUGAGUCACGCAGUCUCCAGUCUCCAGUUUUCUCCAAAAGAUCACAUCAGAAACAUGUGGCUGGAUUUCCAACUGGCUCCUCCAUCGCGCCGCCUCUCGUCCUCUUCCCUACGCAGCCUCGACAACAACAACCUGAAGAGGACGCCGCGAAAGAAGAGGUCUGGAAAGGUCCAGGAGAAGUGGAGACACCGCGUGACCGUGCCCGAGCCGUUCCACAUGAUGCUGCGCGAGGACGACCGGCGGAAGAGGGGGAUAAAGACCCGCUCUGAGAUGGAGCACGAGAACGCCGAGCUGAGGCGGCAGCUGGAGGAGCUCACCGAGUGCCAGAGGAAGUUCAGGGCCAGCCCCGUCCCGGCGCACGUCCACCUGCCGCUGUUCGAGGAGCUGCAGGAGAAGAACCAAGAGAGACGGAAGAGAAACACACCCCACCAACACCACCUCAAACACAUCAUCCAGAAACCAUUCAGCUUCCUGGAAAGAGAGAGACUGAAGAAGGAGCAGAGGGAGAGAGAGCAGAAGGCAGCAUCGACCACGGAUCAGGACAAGCUCAGGCCGUUCAAAGCCAAACCGGUGCCGAAGUCUGUGUACGCGGCGGCGGCAGGAGACCAGGCGAAGGAGGAGCAGCUGUAUCGCUCCAUCAAGAUCCACAUGAGAGCCCAGGAGUUGUUAUCCACCUCCUGCCCGCCUCCUUCUAUGCUCGAGCGCAGACUCAGCCAACGCAAGAAGUCGCAGAACCAGGAGCCGGACUGCACGCACCAGCCGCAGAUCAACAAAGAGGUGCCGGACUUCGACGCCAGCUACAGGCGCUUUAAAAAACACCUGGAGCGGCACAAAGAGGUGAAGCCGACCACGUCCUGCGAGCCCUUCGACCUGAAGACGUCCCAGAUCUCCAGUCACCGGGAGCGGAUCCUGGCGGAGCUGGAGCUAGAGCAGAGGAGUCCCCGGGCGCUGAGGUGGCCCUACAGCCCCGAGCCUCUGAGACACACCUCCACCUCCAGCCUCUGCUCCUCCCUGUCCUCCAGCACCGAGGCCCUGUCCCCCGGCAAGAGCACGAGCGCGGCCCGCAAGAGACAAGAGGCGGUCAGAAAGGCGCUGGACGAGAGGAGGAAGGCCGACGCCGAGGAGGAGCAGUGGAGAGAGAAGCAGCGGCAGCGAGAGAAGCGGCUGCAGACGGUGGUGGUGAAGCGCGCUCAGGCCAACGACCCCCAUCUCUCCCUGUCCCAGACCCAGCCCAGCAAGCUCCAGGAGUUCAGAAAAAUGGACCUGCAGCGCAAAAAGGAAUACCAGCAGGAAAUCAAGGAGAUGAGGCAGAGAGUGAAGGGACGACCACUUCUACUGGAGCAAGUGGCGACGAGAAACGCCAAACAGGCGGCGGAGAAGCGCUUCACCGAGGCUCUGCUGGGCUGUGAUGUCACUCAGGAUUUCAUCGCCAAAAACGCAGCCAAAUCCUCCUCCGCUCGAAAGGUCUCGUCCAGCGACAGCAAACUCAGCGACAGAGACGAGCCUGAGAUGGGCUACAAACCCGUGCACUUCAGAAAGAUCUAUCUGAACGAAGACGGCUCCGAGUCGGACCAGAACGAGAACCCGAGGACAGACCCGGACCGAGACCAGAGCAGCGGUCACCAAUCUGAGGAGAACGAACCGCAAGAAUCUGAGGAAAACUACUCUGAUGACCACGAGGAGUUUUCAGACGACAGCAGAGAAGAGGAAGCCAAGUGUUAG